CACCUUGAUGGGCAUUCCAGGGAUGGAAGAAUUCCACAUCUGGAUAAGUAUCCCAUUCUCUACUAUCUACUUUGUGGCUAUUGCAGGGACUCUGAGCUAUCCAACACCAGAUCACAAUGGUCACCUCCAACUUGAGUAACUUCAACCCAGACAUAUUCAUCCUAGUGGGGAUCCCAGGGCUGGAGCAGUUCCACAUCUGGAUUGGUAUUCCUUUCUGCACUAUCUACAUUGUGGCUGUAGUGGGAAAUUCAAUCUUGCUAUAUCUCAUCAUCAUGGAGCGCAGCCUCCAUGAGCCUAUGUUCUUCUUCCUUUCAUUGCUGGCUUCCACUGACCUGGUGCUGUCCACAGCUGGUGUUCCUAAAACCCUCAGCAUCUUCUGGCUUGGAGCCAGGGAAAUCACCUUCACUAGCUGCCUCACCCAGAUGUUCUUUCUUCACUACAGCUUUGUUUUAGACUCAGCCAUUUUGUUAGCCAUGGCAUUUGAUCGCUAUGUGGCCAUCUGCUCCCCAUUGAGAUAUACCACCAUCCUGACUUCUCAAGCAAUCAUCAAGAUCAUAGUAGGUAUCUGCUUACGUAGCUUCUGCAUCAUUCUCCCAGAUGUUUUCUUGUUGAAGCGCCUGCCCUUCUGCCAGACACGCAUCAUCCCACACACAUAUUGUGAACAUAUUGGUGUGGCCCGCCUCUCCUGUGCUGACAUCUCCAUCAACAUCUGGUAUGGCUUUGCUGUGCCCAUUAUGACUGUAAUUUCAGAUGUACUAUUGAUUGUUGUCUCUUACACACUUAUCCUCCGUGCUGUCUUCCACCUCCCAUCUCAUGAUGCUCGUCAGAAAGCACUAGGUACCUGUGGUUCUCAUGUCUGUGUCAUCCUUAUGUUCUACACCCCAGCAUUCUUCUCCAUCCUUGCCCACCGAUUUGGACACAAUGUUCCCCGAACCUUCCACAUUAUGUUUGCCAACCUCUACAUAGUCAUCCCACCUGCCCUCAAUCCCAUUGUCUAUGGAGUUAAGACAAAGCAAAUAAGGGACAAAGUCAUCAUCUUGUUCUCUCCGAAGGCAACCCAAUGA